CCCGCUAAAGGCGUGUUGCAGCAGAUCGAUGCAGGUAGCCGGGCAGCCAUUAGCUGGGAUAAUGCGGACAGAUAGGAGAAGGCAGAGGUCGAUGGAUGGAGAGGACACUUUCAAAAUGUCUGUCUGCACAUCAACUUGUUUUGGGUAAACAGACAAAAAGGCUCGUUGGACUAAAAGGGUGAUGAGAUAUGAGGGGGUGGUGUAAAGCCACGUUACAAAGGAAAAUGCUGAAAGACCGCCUUAACCAAAACAGUUGCUUUUGUUGAUUUUAUUACCAAGUCAGGGGUUAUUUAAAAUUCAGAAAUGGUUUAUUCCGGCAGUGGCGGCGCUAGAACAUGAUGGUACCCCUAUCAGGGUGCUCAGUCCUAGAACUUUGUUUUCUUUACUCUUUCUUGUGGUGUGCCAGUUGACACAUCAGCACCCGUGUUUAUCAAAGCUUUUAUCACCUCAACACUGCAACCCAACCAUCUACCCCCAACACAUAGGGAGGAAGCAGGACAUACAUACACACGAGCGUACCAACCACCUGCAGGGAGAUUGCUAGUUGUUGGUUUUGCUGACCCUAUUCACUCAUGUGAAUGACUUUCCCAGACACUAAACCCAAACCAGGUUGAUUACCAGUAUGUGCAUCACUAAGAAAAACACUGGAAAGUAUAUUUGUCAAAUAUGACAAAUUACUGAGGUCAGUUUUCAUGUACAAACCUGUCCCAGGGUUUGCCAUCUUCUUUCCCUGCCUUUGGAGCGGACUCUAAAAAUAAAAUCUUUCUAAAAGAAAGCAGAGAUGUCGAGCAUGCUUUUGAAAAAAAAAAAAAAAACAAGGAAAUGUGGGCAGAUGAGACAACACGAUUCAUGUUAGUGUUUCAUCGUCGCUGUCAAGUUAUCCCGCCCCCGUCGCUCGCUCUCCUAUCUCUUGCUCGGCUCCCCUCCCCUAGCUCUCUCUCUUGUUCUCUCUCUGUCUUUCUCUCUCUCUCUCUCUCUCUCUCCAGCAGUCUGCUGGAUCUCCACGCCAGGAUUAGAGGGCUGCAGCCAGUGUCUGCUCACAAGGAAAUAGAAGACAGAGGGUGAAAAAAUGUCCGGAAUAUAAAACAGCAUUCCCUUGACAGAUUUUGGCAGUUCACCUCAUUCCUGUUUGUAGCACCUUAUUGCUAGGACCUCAGCUGGGUGGUGUAUUAACCACCACAGGGACUACCUUCUGGACCUCCAUACGGAGAGCCAUGUGAGCUGCACCCCACCUCACGCAGUCCAACACUCUUGAGCUGAAAGGAGCGCACCUUGGAUUCUUCCCCCUGGUUGGAUCCAACACUUUCCAGCGAGAGGGACUCUCGUCGCUCUGUCCCCCGGAGCUGCUCGUAUUGGGGCGCUGGUAGGGCUGUGAGUGCCCCCCUGGUCUGAAGGCCAGCUGGCAGCACUCCAGCACCAUGGAUUACCUGUUUGGUUUUGUGGUGCUGCUGUGUGGGGCGGUGCACCCGGGAAGAGGACUAGAACCCAAGCACAACGUACCUAGGCUAAAGCUGACAUACAAGGAGAUGUUGGACUCGAGUAACCUGGUGAGCUUCGCCGGGCUCGCCAACAGCUCGGGCUAUGACACGUUCCUGCUGGACGAGGAACGAGGGAGGCUCCUGGUCGGCGCCGAGGACCACAUUUUCUCCUUCGACCUCGUCAACAUCAACAGAGAUCACAAACAGAUCGCGUGGCCUGCCACUCCCGCCAAACGGGACGAGUGCAAGUGGGCGGGGAAAGACCUCGGGAAAGAGUGUUCGAACUUCAUCCGGGUGCUCCAACCUUACAACGCGACCCACCUUUUCGUCUGCGGGACCGGAGCCUUCCAUCCAAUCUGCGGCUACCUAGAAAUGGGCAAGAGAGCAGAGGACAACAUCUUCCGGCUCGCCUCGCAUUUCGAGAACGGUCGCGGUAAAAGCCCGUAUGACCCCAAGAUGCUGUCAUCGUCACUCCUGAUCGACGGGGAGCUCUAUUCGGGCACUUCGGCGGACUUCAUGGGACGGGACUUUGCCAUCUUCCGAACGCUGGGGGAUCAGCAUCCUAUAAGGACAGAGCAGCAUGAUUCAAGGUGGCUCAACGACCCAAGAUUCGUCGGCGUUCAUUUGGUCCCGGAGAGCGACAAUCCCGAGGACGACAAGAUCUUUCUGUUCUUCAAAGAGAACGCCAUGGACGGAGAACACACGGGCAAGGCCACCAUUGCCCGGAUAGGACAGCUGUGUAAGAAUGACAUGGGAGGCCAUCGCAGCCUUGUCAACAAGUGGACCACCUUCCUCAAGGCCCGGCUCAUGUGUUCCGUGCCGGGCGUCAACGGCAUCGACACGCACUUUGACGAAUUGCGUGAGUACCAACAAAAAGGCACCCUGAAAAGCUCUCAAGAAUGUCGUUCACACGUCCUGUUUUCAUUCGCAGAGGACGUUUUCUUGAUGACCUCCAAGGAUCCCAAGAAUCCGCUCAUCUACGCCGUUUUCACAACGUCCAGCAACAUCUUCAAAGGCUCGGCGGUGUGCAUGUACAACAUGGCCGACAUCCGGAGGGUGUUCCUAGGCCCCUACGCGCACAGAGACGGUCCCACGUACCAGUGGGUGCCGUUCCAAGGCAGGGUGCCCUACCCCAGACCAGGAACGUGCCCCAGCAAAACGUUCGGUGGCUUCGACUCCACCAAAGACCUCCCUGACGACGUGAUCACGUUCGCACGGGGCCACCCGGCCAUGUACAACCCGGUGCACCCUAUCGGCGGGCGCCCCAUCAUGGUGCGCACCGACGUAGACUACCAGUUUUCGCAGCUGGUGGUGGACCGCGUGGAGGCCGAGGACGGCCAGUACGAUGUCAUGUUCAUCGGCACGGAUGUGGGCACUGUGCUCAAGGUGGUGACCAUCCCAAGGGAGAGUUGGCAUGACCUAGAGGAGGUGGUUUUGGAGGAAAUGACUGUCUUCAGGGAGCCAACCACUAUCACCGCAAUGGAGCUGUCAACCAAGCAGCAACAACUGUACCUGGGCUCAUCACUGGGCGUGUCGCAAAUGUCCCUUCACCGCUGCGAGGUGUACGGGAAGGCCUGCGCCGAGUGCUGCCUUGCCCGAGACCCGUACUGCGCCUGGGAUGGCACUGAAUGUUCCAGAUACUUCCCCACCGCCAAGAGGCGCACCAGACGGCAGGACAUCCGGAAUGGAGACCCGCUUUCCCAGUGUUCGGACCUUCAGCAUCACGAUGAUAUCGACGGGCAAGUUGGCGGUGGCGUGGUGGAGGACCGUACGGUGUACGGCGUGGAGAACAGCAGCAUGUUCUUGGAGUGCAGCCCCAAGUCUCAACGGGCACUUGUCUACUGGCAACUGCAGACGCCGGGUGCCGAACGCAAGCAGGAGAUCAAGAUGGACGAGCGGGUUCUUCGGACCGACCAGGGCCUGCUGAUACGAAGUCUGUCUCAGUCCGACACGGGCGUGUACCACUGCCAGGCGGUGGAGCACGGCUUCAUCCAGCCUCUACUGCGCCUCAACCUGCAGGUCAUCCCGGCAUUCAGGCUGGGCGACAUCCUGCCAGUGCCGCCCGGGGCGCCCUCUACUGGCAAACAGCGCGUUUGGUACCGGGAUUUCCUGUCCCUGCUGGAUCACCCGGACCUCAACAGCGUGGAGGAGUUCUGCGACCGCGUUUGGAAGAAGGACCGUAAGCCCAAGAAAGCGAAGGCACCCAACUCCCAGGCGGGCCCGCCGCCCCGGCCCAAAACGUUCGCUCCCAAUGCGCAAAAGCUGCAGGCCGUCCCCCCGCAGGGCAAAGCUUGGCUCCCGGAGGGGACGAAUCAGAAAAGUCAAGCCAACUUAAGCACGCUAAGCGUCCAGACGCCCAAGAACCAAGCCAAGACACCUAGCGGUCCGAAGGGGCAGGGCGCGGCGGGCACCCGAGCGGGGACCCAGCACACCGCCAAGUGGCGACGCAUACAGGACAACAAGAAAGGACGCAACAGGAGAACCCACGAGCUGCAAAGACCCCCAAGAAGCGUUUGAGGGUGGAAAAAAACCACACCAAAAGAAGCACAAAGACGAGCACACACACACAUUCUGUAGAUUAUGUCUCCAAUAUAGGAUUCAGUGACCUCUUCACACACAUACACGCACACAUCGAGAAAUCCACACACGAGCUGUGAAUAUUAACAGCAGGAAAGCUAAGUGUAAAAACGUGUGAGGACAUGGCCGUCGCCACGGAUACGGCACUGCGGACAAUUGCGACUCCUUGUACAUACAUGAGCUAGUCCACACUAAAACUGGGGUUGAACGGUUUUAAAACGGCGGACUAUUCUGGAAUGGAAAAGAAGCGCAUCCCCUUUGCAGGACCGGAGCAUGUUGUGGCCCACGAAACGAACGCUCGUUUGCCUCAAAACGUCACGUGCGGUGGAAAGCGUCGUGCAUGUUGUUGUUCAAUAAGCUACUUAUUUUCCUGGCUUUCUCUUGUCUUUUUUUUACAACCUAACUGAAACAAUUUUGUUUUUUAAACCUCAAACAACAGGACUGUGGUGGUCUCAUCAUCCCCUCUGUGUAACUUAUUACAUCUGCAACACACACUUGUUUAGUGUACAUAACAACCUCUCUCUGUGUGUAUAUACCGUAAAAGAAACAUCAUGUGAUUUUUAUUUAUUGCUCGUUUUGUGAAAGGGUUGCAUUUAUUUUUUUAUACGAUGCUAUUUUGGCGGGGGCUCGUCAGUAAAUUGGGGGGAAACUGCAAUUCCUUGGACCAACUGGCUGGAAUUGUGACAAGGAACCACUUUCAGGGGGAUGCAUAGAAAUACCCAGCAUAUAUAUAUAUAAAUAUGAAUAAGCCUAGUAAGGAUAAGCACAAUUUAGUUUGAUUUCCAUUACUUAUUUCUUCCACAUCCAUGUGCAUUAUUCAUUAAAAUGUAAAAUGACGCCCCCUCCCCUACUUCCCCUGAAGAAAACCACUUCUAGCUGUGAAUUUCUGUAAUAGUGCAGACAAAUGUCCAGUUAGUCCGAAGAGAAGAUGUUCUAUUGCAUGUGAAUGCUACCUAGAGUACGUGCAUCUUUUAUCUCUUAAAUGUUUUUGUGUGAGAGCAACACUUCCCUUCAAAUGUCAACAUUGAAGGUGUAAUGAGCUGGCCAAACCCCCUCUAAAAAAAUAAAAUAAACUGAGUGUAUUUAGUUUUCAGUUUGAACACUGAAAGUGACUGCAGCUGCUGUAACACAAUUCUUUAUGGCAUGCAUCCGGUUGUCUAAAUAAACAUCUCUGUUUCAAAUAA